GAGCGAGGAGUUGAAUGAGUUGUGUCCAGACUUCAGCGACAAGCAGCAGGACCCCGUCUGCAAGCGAGGCUACGGCUGCACGCCCCCCAGACAGCGCCGUGUCACCCGGUCCUACCUACCAGCCGUGCGCAUGGAGCUAACCGAGCGGGCGGGAGUGUUAUUAGCCCGGGAGCUAGCCGUGUCAUGACGCUUGGACACGUUUGGAUCACAUCUGCAGCAGUGAGCGAGAAGCAGACGGGAGCAGCACCACCCCUGUUCAGAGUCAGGAGGAAUCUAUUCUCUUUUCUUGUGUCUGUACAGGCGCGUACACUCACCUCUGGAAGCGCUGGGGACUGGAUUUUAAAGGGGAUUUACCAGGACUAAGCCAUGCGUAUUAAACCAAGUCUAAACCUGGUGUAAACUAUGACUCAACCAGGAUUAAACCAUGUCUAAAUCAGGACUAAACCAGGUCUAAACCGGGGACUAAACCAGGACAAAACUAGGAAUCUUCCCUUACCCAGGCGCGUAAUACCCAACCACACCUGGCGACUCUUUUCUCCCCCCUCCUCCUUCUAGGACCUAUUUGUUGACGUUUCGCGGAGCACCAUGGCCGAGAGGAGCUCGGCCGGGGUGCUGUCCGUGAUGCUGGAGCCCGGUGUGGGGAUGACAUUGCCCGCGGAGGUCCGGGAGAAGCUCGCGGAGUUGGAGCUGGAGCUGUCCGAAGGGGACAUCACUCAAAAGGGCUAUGAGAAGAAGAGGAGUAAGCUGCUGGCCCCCUACAUCCCUCAGAUACAAGGAGUAGACCCCUCUCUGCAGAUCGACACCAGGGCUCAGGGGUCAUCACAGCUCCUGUCUGUCAAACACCACAAGAGCCACACCCCCAACACCAGGGAUGAGCGCUUCAGAUCAGACUUGCACACAGAAGCCGUCCAAGCUGCUCUGGCCAAGUACAAAGAGAGGAAGAUGCCCAUGCCCUCCAAGAGACGCUCGGUGCUAGUGCAGUCAUCAGUUGAGGCCUGUACUCCUCCAGACACCUCCUCUGCCUCUGAAGACGAGGGCUCUCUGCGUCGCCAUGGCCGUCUCACCUCCACCCCGUACCAGGUGCUCUCUCACCCCCACCCCACCGUCGAACACUGGUUCAACCGUGUCAUCCAGGGCUCCUCCACGUCCUCGUCAGCCUCCUCCACCUCCUCUCACCCCGGGGGCAGGUCCAGCGCCCCCCACAGUGCGCUCAACGCCAACGCCACAGCUGCAGCACUGGCCGACCUCAUGGCUCACACGCACAUAGAUCCUCCCUCCGCCCCCCCUGACGUCACAGGCCUGUCCGAGCGCCCCGCCCACCACACUGAGCGGGCCCAGGUGCUGUCUGUGCGAGGCGUCUCCCGAGGCAACAACCACGUCGUCAUGGAGACCGCUGAUGGAGUUCCAGUCCACAGCCGUGUCUCCUCCAAAAUCCAGCAGCUUCUCAACACGCUGAAGAGACCCAAGCGCCCGCCCUUACCUGACUUCUUUGUUGAUGAUUUUGAAGAUCUGUUGGAUGUCCAACAGGCUGACCCGGACCAGCCCAGGCCAGAGGGACAGCAGACGAGCCCGCUGGAGGGGGAGGCUCUGGGGGUUGGCAGCAGCUGGCCUCCCUCCCUGACUGCGGCUCUGCAGAGAUGGGGCACCACGCAGCCCAAAGCCCCCUGUGUGACCUCCCUGGACACCGCGGGCAAGCCGGUCUACACGCUCACCUAUGGUAAACUGUGGACCCGCAGUCAGAAGUUGGCCUACACACUACUGAAUAAACUCAGCUCUAGGAAUGAGCCCCUGCUGAUGCCUGGAGACCGGGUGGCGCUGGUGUUCCCUAACAGUGACCCGGUCAUGUUCAUGGUGGCCUUCUAUGGCUGCCUCCUCGCAGAGCUCAUCCCUGUGCCCAUCGAAGUACCACUCACCAAAAAGGAUGCGGGCAGCCAGCAGAUGGGCUUCUUGCUGGGCAGCUGUGGAGUGAGUCUGGCCCUGACUACAGACGCCUGUCAGAAGGGCCUGCCCAAAGCCCAGACAGGAGAGGUGGCCACCUUUAAAGGCUGGCCACGGCUCCUCUGGUUUGUGACUGAUGGGAAACAUGUGGUGAAGCCUCCCAAAGACUGGCACCCACCCAUCCGAGAGGCCAACAACGACAUCGCAUACAUCGAGUACAAGACCAGUAAAGAGGGCAGCACCAUGGGCGUCAGCGUGUCCCAGGCGGCCAUGUUGGCUCACUGUCGGUCGCUCACACAGGCCUGCAGCUACACAGAAGGCGAGACCAUCACCAACGUCCUCGAUUUCAAACGAGAGGCCGGAUUAUGGCACGGCGUCAUGACGAGUGUAUGGAAGCGGCUCCAUGUGGUCAGUAUCCCCUACUCCCUGAUGAAGGUCAACCCUCUGUCCUGGAUCCAGAAGGUCCAUGCCUUCAAAGCGGGUGUAGCGGUGGUGAAGUCCCGGGACAUGCACUGGUCUCUGCUGGCCCAAAGGGAGCAGAGGGACCUGAGCCUGAGCUGUCUGCGCAUGCUCAUCGUGACAGACGGAGCCAACCCCUGGUCCAUAUCCUCAUGUGAUGCCUUCGUAAACGUCUUCCAGAACCGGGGGCUGAGGCCGGAGGUGAUCUGCCCCUGUGCUUGCUCUUCUGAGGCCCUCACUGUCGCCAUCCGCAGACCUCCAGAGCCCGGUGUCCCUCCCCCAGGGAAGGCUGUCCUGUCCAUGUCCAGUCUGAGCUAUGGAGUGAUCCGUGUGGACACAGAGGAGAAGCUGUCUGUCCUCACUGUGCAGGACGUGGGACAAGUGCUGCCCGGAGCACUGGUGUGUGUGGUGCGUGUGGACGGGCCCCCUCUCCUCUGUCAGACUGAUGAGGUGGGGGAGAUCUGUGUGAGCUCAGGGACCUCUGGAGUGGCUUACUACGGCCUGCCCGGGAUGACCAAGAACAUCUUUGAGACCAUCCCAGUGUCGCCCUCUGGUGUUCCCGUGUGUGAGCGCGCCUUCACCAGGACCUCUCUGCUGGGCUUUACAGGACCGGACGGCCUGGUGUUUGUGGUGGGGAAACUGGAUGGGCUGAUGGUGGUGAGCGGGCGCAGACAUAACGCUGAUGAUGUGGUAGCUACUGCUCUGGCCGUGGAGCCCAUGAAGUUUGUGUACAGGGGCAGGAUGGCAGUGUUCUCAGUAAGCGUGCUCCAUGAUGACAGGAUUGUGGUGGUGGCGGAGCAGAGGCCCGACGCAUCAGAGGAGGACAGCUUCCAGUGGAUGAGCCGCGUCCUGCAGGCCAUAGACAGUAUCCACCAGGUGGGUGUGUACUGCCUGGCUCUGGUCCCUGCUAACACCCUGCCUAAGGCUCCUCUGGGUGGGAUCCACAUCUCCGAGACCAAACAGCGCUUCCUGGAAGGGGCGCUACACCCCUGCAACGUGCUCAUGUGCCCCCACACAUGUGUGACCAACCUGCCCAAGCCCCGGCAGAAACAGCCAGAGGUGGGCCCUGCGUCCAUGAUCGUGGGAAACCUGGUGGCAGGGAAGAGAAUUGCACAAGCCUGUGGUCGAGACGUGGGUCAGAUGGAGGACAAUGAGAAGUUCUUGUACAUUCAGGACGUUCUUCAGUGGAGAGCUCAGGCCACUCCAGACCACCCCCUCUUUAUGGUCCUCAACUCCAAGGGUACAGUGUCCAGCACAGCCUCGUGUCUGCAGCUGCAUAAGAAGGCAGAGAGAGUCGCAGCGGCGCUCACCGGCCGUAUCAACACUGGGGACCACGUGGCUCUGGUCUAUCCUCCAGGUGUAGAUCUUAUAGCUACGUUUUACGGCUGCCUGUACGCUGGUGUUGUCCCGGUCACCGUGAGGCCCCCGCACCCCCAGAACCUGGCCACUACUCUGCCCACGGUCAAGAUGAUCGUCCAGGUCAGUAAGUCGGUGUGCAUCCUGACCACUCAAGCAAUAAUGAAACUGCUGAAGUCCAAAGAGGCGGCCGCAGCAGUGGACGUGAAGAGCUGGCCCCUGGUCAUGGACACAGAUGACCUCCCGAGGAAGAAGUGUGUUCAGAUAUACAAGCCACCCACACCGGAGAUGUUGGCCUACCUGGACUUCAGUGUGUCCACCACAGGCAUCCUGGCAGGGGUCAAAAUGUCCCACAGUGGCACUAGUGCCCUGUGCCACUCCAUAAAGCUGCAGUGUGAGCUGUACCCGUCCCGCCAGAUCGCCAUCUGCCUGGACCCCUACUGUGGCCUGGGCUUUGCUCUCUGGUGCCUCUGCAGUGUGUACUCGGGACACCAGUCCAUCCUGGUGCCUCCUCUAGAGCUGGAAACCAACCCGUCCCUGUGGCUGUGUGCAGUCAGCCAGUACAAAGUGCGGGUCACCUUCUGCUCCUACAGCGUCAUGGAAGUGUGCACCAAGGGCCUGGGCGCUCAGACCGAGGCUCUUAAGAUGAAGAACGUGAAUCUUGCAUGCGUGCGCACUUGCAUGGUGGUGGCAGAGGAGAGGCCCCGCAUGGCUCUCACUCAAUCCUUCUCUAAGAUCUUCAAGGACCUGGGACUGUCCCCUCGAGCAGUCAGCACCACCUUUGGGUGCAGGGUCAACGUGGCCAUCUGUUUGCAGGGCACCUCUGGACCUGACCCGACCACUGUGUACGUGGACAUGAGAGCGCUGCGCCAUGACAGGGUUCGCCUGGUGGAAAAGGGCUCUCCACACAGUUUACCACUCAUGGAGUCUGGAAAGAUCCUUCCAGGAGUCAAAGUCAUCAUCGCCAACACGGAGACCAAAGGGCCGCUGGGAGACUCACAUUUGGGAGAGAUCUGGGUGAGCAGUCCGCACAAUGCCUCGGGGUACUACACGGUGUACGGGGAGGAGGCACUGCAUGCCGACCACUUCAACACCAAGCUCAGUUUUGGAGACACACAGACGGUUUGGGCGCGCACCGGGUACUUGGGCUUUCUACGCCGCACCGAACUCACGGAUGCCAACGGAGAGCGCCACGAUGCUCUGUACGUGGUGGGCUCUGUGGACGAGACACUGGAGCUGAGGGGUAUGAGGUACCACCCCAUCGACAUCGAAACGUCCGUGAUCCGAGCGCACCGGAGCAUCGCAGAGUGUGCGGUGUUCACCUGGACCAACCUGCUGGUGGUGGUAGUGGAGUUGGAGGGGUCCGAGCAGCAGGCCCUGGACCUGGUUGCCCUGGUGACAAAUGUGGUUCUGGAGGAGCACUACCUGAUCGUAGGCGUGGUCGUGGUAGUGGACCCAGGGGUCAUUCCCAUCAACUCCCGCGGAGAGAAGCAGCGCAUGCACCUGAGGGACGGUUUCCUGGCAGACCAACUGGACCCCAUCUAUGUGGCUUAUAACAUGUGAAGUGAUUACGUGGACCAUCUCAUGUGAUCAAUAACAUGUGAGGUCACUAGUUUGAUCUUUUUAACCUUGGCUUAUACCAUGUGAUGUCACUACAUGGACCACCUCUGUGUGAUCAAUAACUGACGUCCCCAGUUUGACUCUUAUAACAUGUGAGCCCACCUGUCUGGCCCCUUUUAUAAAGCUUAUAACAUGUGACAUCAUGAAGUGUCUGCAUCUGUGUCACCUAUGUAAGUACUGAUGCACUAAUACCGAUACAAAUAUUGGAUAUCGCUCUGAUACCAGGUGCUUGUACUCAUACUUGUCAAUGUGCUGCCAAUACCAAGAGCCGAUACCACUAUAAUUGCUGUGCGUCUUAUUUGACACUUACAGCUCGCCUCUGAGCUGAGCAGCAAUAUGAAAAUAUUUAGUACUCUUAUGAAUAUAUUUAGGACUCUUAAAAAUUUUUUUAUAGUUUCUGAAAAAUAUCAGUGCAGUGCUUGUGUUUAUAUAGUAACUAAUGUUGCUAAGUGAUUCUGGCGAUUCUUUGCUUGUAAUGUAAUUGACAAACAAAUCCAUGUCCAUAUUGGUCAGUGUGGUUGUGGUUAAAAUAAGAUAACACUCACUGGCUAAAAGUGGCUCCUUUAGCAGUUAGUGCGCAGUCUGCAAAGACAUAGUAGUAAAUAUUAACAGCAUUUCUCUAAACUAUAUUGGAACAAAAAUGCCACUCAAAUAAGUCCAGUGAAAAAGUAGGCUAUACUUCAAAAAUCCCAUGAUCAUAUUGGUAUUGGUUCUUGGUAUCGGCAAGUACUCAAAAUUAAUACUCAUACUUGUUUUAGAAAAAGUGGUAUUGGUGCAUCCCUACAUGUAAGGUCACCACAUGACUACAUCUGUGUUACCUAUACCAUGUAAUGUCACCAGUUUGAUCACAUCUACUCAUGUGAUCCAACAUGUGAGGACCCCACUUUGAACCCAUCUAUGUGCCCGUACCAGUAAUCCUCACCUAUAUGACCGAUAUCAGAGGACCAGCUCCUUCUAUGUAUGUGGUCCAUUACAUGUGAAUGCACCUUUGUCACCCCAUCUAAAUGAUAUACAGCUAUAUAACAUGUGAGGUCACCAACAUCACUUUUUAAACAUUUCACGU